UUCGAUCGACUCAGAAAAGUCCCCUGACGAGUUCGAGUGUCGACUGUUGGAUUUUCAAGCUGACUGUUUCCCAAAUUGUUGCAGAAGCCUUUUGUUACGAGUCACUCAAUCUCCGGACAUCUGUUACGAGUUAUGUGGAUCCUUUGAUCUGCUUUCUUGACCUCUGUUCCUUUAGUAACUUGCCCGGAUAGCUUUCUGCCUCACCAUUCAGGGAGCCAGCGCCCAUGGCUGAUAGAUAUCGCAGCAGAGAGCCGCGAGACCGUGAUUAUCGAGAUGGCUACUCGUCUCGCUCACAUACCAGUGGCCAUAGCACGUUUUCAUACGGUCAUAGACGUAGCCCCAGUCCUGGCCUGAGCCAUCAUUCACGACGGCAGUCACCACCUCAACCUCCUAGGAUGGCAGCCCCUCCUGCUUCAUCCAUCCAUACAAUGAUAGCCCAUUCCUGCACCAGUAUAUCUCUUGAUGAAAGAUUCACUGCAUUAAAGCGCACGCGCUCUGCAUCACCCAGCCCUCCGCCGCGAGAUUCUUUGUCCAGUGGAAGUGCUAAGAAUCGCCAGUACUUGGAUCAACUCGCUCAUCGCACCGACGUUCUGGACAAGAUUGAAGGUGAUUCUCGACGUCAACGCUCGCGAGACCGAGACAGGAGUCCAGUUGCGCCUCGCCAACAGCGGGCAAGUAAUGGCAAUCCGCACAGCGAGUCGCACAACAGUUCACGAAGUGAUCGACUUGAGGCGACCAAGCGCAUUGCGGCUUCACGCUCCCGGGGCAAUGUGCACAGCCGUCUCGGAAUCAACAGGACUGUUGGUGGCGGUGGAGCAGCAAUGGCCACAGCCCGGCCUGGCAACAGACCAAUUCCGAGAGAUGGGGGUGCUGCUGCUACUGGUGCAGUAAAUUAUAGUCAAUUUGUCAAGCAUCCCCGACCCCAGCAGCAGCAGCAGCAGCAUCAACAGCCGGCACAGCACCAGCAGGACCACUCUGGGCAGAAGCGAAACGCCGGUAAAAGUGUGGACGACCUGGAUGAUGAACUGGAUGCGUAUAUGAAGCAGCGUGCAUAACGUUACAAUUCACUCAUCUCUAGACUGCUGCGUUGACGUUUGUACCUACCUUGUGCAUCCAUGCUGUCCUAUUGCUUCUGCUUCCUGCGUGCAUCAGUAUCUGUCACGCCUUCUCUGCUUUACUAGUUCCGUUGAUUGUAGUUAAAGAGUGUACUGUGUCCCGUGUCUCGUCUCUCAUAAAAUCUUCUUUUGCCUUUUCUUUGUCUCCGCAAUCACACGGUUCACUGUGUUUAUGCGCUUUUUAGUCACCGGUGUCGGCUGUAUCUUCGGACAUCCCUCUUAUUAUUGGAAUAUCUACCAGCUUUCACUGGACUGUUGUAAUACACAACCCUUCUCGCGCUGCAGCCUUUCCUGGGAUUUGUUUGUUUUGUGUCUGCAGCUGUGCCACAAUUCUCUGUUCAUUUUUGUUGUGCUUGGCAUUUUCAUAUUUGAACUUCAAGUAUGCUAGCUUAGUUAAGCAGAUCAUCUUGUUGCAUUCUGCCAAAGGGUUUAUGUUAUGAAGCUUGA